AUGGCUAUCCUGUUCGCUGUCGUGGCGAGAGGAACAACCAUCCUUGCCAAACAUGCCUGGUGUGGAGGAAACUUCCUGGAGGUGACAGAGCAGAUCCUGGCAAAAAUACCAUCUGAAAACAACAAACUGACCUAUUCACAUGGGAAUUAUCUGUUUCACUACAUCUGCCAGGACAGGAUUAUAUACCUCUGCAUCACAGAUGAUGACUUUGAACGAUCCAGAGCCUUCAACUUCCUGAAUGAAAUCAAGAAGAGGUUUCAGACCACGUACGGCUCAAGAGCACAGACAGCUCUUCCCUAUGCAAUGAACAGCGAGUUCUCAAGUGUCUUAGCUGCACAGCUGAAAUACCACUCGGAGAGCAAGGGCACUGACCAGGUGGCAGAGACACAAGCUCAGAUCGAUGAACUUAAAGGCAUCAUGGUUCGAAACAUAGACCUUGUGGCACAAAGAGGAGAGAAGCUGGAGUUGCUGAUCGAUAAAACAGAGAAUCUUGUGGAUUCG